GUGAUUUGUUUGUCUUUAUGAUGUGGCUCUUGAUUUUCUUUGUGUGGUUGGUUAUAGUGGUCGGUGGCAUAUACUGGUUCCUGUUUAGGAAACAGAGCCCUUUCUCCCUUGAGUCAGUGAGACCCCCUGGACCUCGGGAGUUUGAUCAGAAGAAGCGGGACAAAGUCAUCAAGCAAGGCUUCAGCCUUCACAAAGUGCCCCAGAACCUGGAUGUCAUUGUUAUUGGGAGUGGUAUUGGUGGGUUGACAGCUGCAGCAACACUGGCCAAAGCAGGGAAGAAAGUCCUGGUGCUGGAACAACAUUCCCAGGCAGGAGGCUGCUGCCACACCUUCAUAGAGAAAGGCUUUGAGUUUGAUGUUGGGCUUCACUACAUAGGUCAGGUUCAUGAGAACGGUCUGUUGCGUGUUGCUUUCGACCAGCUAACUGAGGGCCAGUUGGAGUUCCACAACCUAAAUCAACACUUUGACACCAUCUACAUUGGCGAGGGCGAUGAGAAACGAGCGUACACCAUCAAAUCGGGUAAAACUGAAAUGCAAGCCCAUCUGAUGAAGCAAUUCCCCGAUGACACAGAGGCCAUCAAGACAUUCUUCAAAAUCAUGAAGAUCUCAGCUAAUAAGGCCUCCUCCCUGGCAACUUUAAAGCUGAUGCCGCAGUGGCUGGCUUUACUCCUGCUGAAGUCAGGCAUUGCAAACCUCUUUUCCAGUGUCUACCGCCUCAGUGGCACAUGUGCAGCAGCCUUUGUGAACACCCUGACCAGCAACAAGGAUCUCCAUGUCAUCUUUUCUUAUCUUUUCUAUGGCGUGCCUCCAAAGGACUCCAGUCUUGUGAUCAACGCCCUCCUGAUUCAUCAUUACAAACGAGGUGCCUACUUCCCGAAAGGUGGUGCCAGUGAGAUCCCCUUCCACAUCAUCCGCACCAUUCAGAAAUAUGGAGGAAAUUGCCUGGUCAGAGCCCCCGUCUCCCAGAUCCUGGUUAAUAAGGAGGGAGCAGCUUAUGGUGUUAAAGUGAGGAAAGGUCAGGAGGAACUGGAGAUUCAUGCACCUGUGGUUGUUUCAAACUGUGGCGUCUUCACCACCUUCCAGAGACUUCUUCCCCCUGAGAUUCGAGUCAAGACAGAUAUUCAGGAAAGACUGAACAUAAUGAAACAUGGCAGAGGCUGUUUGUUGGUCUUCUCUGGCUUUGAUGGAACUGAUGAGGAGUUGGGCAUUAAGUCCACCAACAUCUGGCUGUUCAAAAACAAUGAUUUGGACAAAUCGAUGGAUGACUUCUUUGCAUUGAGCAAAGAGGAAGCACCAGAUAAUAUUCCAAUGAUGAUGAUCACAGUUCCAUCGUCCAAAGACCCUGAAGCCAAAAUAAGACACCCUGGAAAAGCUUGCAUGACAAUACUGAUAAUGGUCAAGUAUGAAUGGUUUGAGGAAUGGAAGGACACUACAGUGCGCAAAAGGGGUGAUGAAUACUAUAACUACAAAAUGAGAUUUGCCAAUAACCUAUUUGACUGGGCCUGUACUAUUUACCCUAAAAUCAGAGACAAGUUGGUUUUCCAGGAAGUGGCGACCCCACUGAGCAACAUGCACUACCUGGGUGCCCAGCGUGGAGCCAUGUACUCCUCUGAGCACAACCUAGACCGUUUCCAUGCUGAGACUGUGGCAAGGAACAGGUGCACCACCCCCGUCAAAAACCUCUACAUCUCAGGCCAAGACGUGUUCAGCUGUGGGAUAGCAGGCGCUCUGCAUGGUGGACUUCUCUGCGCCACUACAGUGUUAGGUCAAAUCAUCUACAUUGACUUGCUCCUCCUCAAGAUGAAGCUAAAAAGGAGGAAAGCCAAAGAGAUGUCCCAGCUGGCUAAGAAGAAACUGCAGUGAGAGUGCUCUCUACUUACCCUGCAGGACA